CGGUCUCGACGGAACACAGAAAUAUCAUGUGGCCCCUUGGAUCUCACAAACAGAUAUGCCAACGGAAGCAAGAUGAGCGUGCUGAUCGAAUUGCAAACUUGCCAAAGUCAUAUCAAGGUUCUAUCUCGUCCGACGAGAGAUCUAUACUAGAUGCACCCAUCGAUCAACUCGUACAAGAUGUACAAAACUCUAUCAAGUCACCCGCGGACGUUCUUCGAGCUUACGGUAAGGCUGCUGUCAAAGCACAUGAAGCUACCAACUGCUUGACCGAGAUCAUGUUCCCCGAGGCCGAGAAGUGGACUCAGGACGGAUCUAUCAACUUGAAAGGACCUCUUGCUGGUAUCCCUGUCUCGCUCAAGGACUCUAUUGUCGUUGGUGGAUACGAUGCCUCCGUUGGAUACUCUGGCAAGUGCUUCAAGCCUCAUGCUGUAGAUGGUGCUAUGGUGCGCCUACUCAAAGACGCUGGUGCCAUUCCAUUCGUCAAGACUGCUCUACCCAUCACCCUGCUCUCUUUCGAAUCAACAAACGAUGUUUGGGGUCGUUGCAAGAACCCUCAUAACGCAAAAUAUUCUCCUGGCGGCAGUACAGGUGGCGAAGGUGCUCUUCUCGCUUUCGGUGGCUCGAGGAUAGGCAUUGGUUCUGAUGUCGCCGGUUCCGUUCGCGCUCCUGCGCAUUUCUCCGGUUGUUUUUCCCUUCGCUGCUCUACUGGAAGGUGGCCCAAAUAUGGUGUCGACACUUCCAUGCCUGGCCAGGAAGGCAUUCCUAGUGUCUUCUCACCUAUGACAAGGACGCUUUCGGAUCUGGUCUACUUCACUCGAAGCUUGAUUCAAUGCAAGCCUUGGACGUACGAUCAAAGUGUACAUCCUUUGGCAUGGCGUGAAGAUGAUUACGAGGAGUUCAAGGAGAAGAAAAGGCUUCGAAUCGGUGUGCUGAGAACUGAUGGUGUGGUUGAUCCUGCACCUGCUUGUGCCCGUGCACUUGAAACUACUGCUUCGGCACUCAAAGCACAAGGUCAUGAUGUCUUCGAUCUCACUUUGCCUUCCGCGCCUCAUGCUCCUCUGGACGCUUUGGCUAUCGCGUCUCAACUCCUCAAUGCUGAGGGUACGAGAACAUACAAGCGCUUCUUCAACUCGGGUGAAUGGAACGACGCUGGUGCCUCGCAACUGACUUUCUGGAUGAAGUUGCCCUCUCCGCUUCGCUGGCUCUAUGUUAAAUACGUCCGUUAUAUCCGUCGUGAUGCCGUCUGGGCCCGUCUCCUCGAAUCUCUCCACGAGAAAUCGGCUUACGAGAACUGGCAACUUGUCUAUCAACGAGAAAGCUUCAAGAACAUCUGGUUCGACUGGUGGAAUGGUAUCAACACUGAUGGCAAGUGUGAAAUGGAUGUGAUGAUCACGCCUCCCAACGCUACACCUGCUGUUCCCCAUGACGGCAUGAAGGAUGCUGUUUCUUCCUGCGGGUACACUUUCCUAUUCAACCUUCUCGACUAUACUUGUGGCAUCAUUCCUGUCACCAAGGUUGAUGCUGCCAAGGACGCCCUACCUUCAGGCUUUGUCAUCAACAACAAUGGCGUUGCGCAAGGCGCCUACAAGCAUUACGAUGCACAAGCGAUGGCUGGCCUUCCUGUGGCUGUUCAAGUUGUCGGCAGAAGACUGGAAGAGGAGAAGGUCCUGGCCAUUAUGGAACGAGUGGAACAAGCACUCAAGGACAGUGGAAGUGUUUAUGAACUGCUCCAAGUGCCUUAGAAACGCAAAAGAGUAAGAUUCGUGGUGUGUUGAGCCUUUCUUCUGUAUCUCCACUGGCCAUCACUGCUGAUUUUGUAGAAUUUGAAAUGC